AUGGAUUUUUUAACAGUGGAAGAAAAAAUAGAAAUGAUUUUGAUUUAUGGAGAAGCAGGCAGGAAUCUUGAUGAUGCUGUUAAUAACUACGCUCAGCGUUUUCCGGAUAAAAUUCGAUCACGUACUUCAUUUCACCGUAGUCGAGCAGUUUACUACAAACGGGAGUGUUCAACCGAAAAAAAAGAGUUCGUCGAGCAACAGUCACAGCGUGUGGCCAGCCUUACAGUGUUUCCUACUUCCCCAUCAGCCAAUUAUAUCGUGCCAAUGAUCGAGUGUACAUCGCUUUAACGCGUCCUGAGCAGUGACUACUUGCUACGUGAAAAAACCGAAAACUUCUUUCUCAAAGUGGCCCUAAAUUAAAACGCGGGACAUUAUGUAAUUUUAAUUUAAACUAAAGCGCCCGGUGUUGGAGUUAAAGUAAAGUGUAGAUGAAAUUUCAUUACGGCAGUUUGUUUGAACAGUUUAAAUAUGAGUGGAGUUCGCAGUUCCGUAGUGCCCUUUAGUUUGCUGAAAGUUCUGCGAGCGUGGACCAUUGUGCUUGUUUUGGCGCCCGUUUUGUCAGGGUACCGUUGGAAUAGUAACUCCAAUAAUGGUUACAAUUCAGCACAACAGAAUUCGUUAAUGCCUGAAUUUGACGAUAUACUCAUAAGGGAAAUUGAUGCUACAGUGGGACAAACUUUACUUUUGCCCUGCACAGUGAAACAUCUGGGGGAUAAAGUGGUGUCUUGGAUAAGGAGCAAGGAUUUACACAUUCUAACUUCGGGUCGCCACACCUUUUCCACCGAUAACCGUUUCGAGAGCGUGCACUCGUCGAGCAGCGGGGAUUUCUGGGGAUUGAGGAUCAGAGGCGUGCACAUAUCAGAUACCGGACAAUACGAGUGCCAGGUCAACACUGAUCCCAAGAUGAGUUUGGCGAUAUUCUUGAACGUACAAGUUUCAGGUAUGCGGAACUCCAAAUUCGUCAGCAAAGCGCUAAUAAAAGGUCCGAGGGAGCUUCGAGUUUCCAUCGGCUCCCCCGUCACCCUUACAUGCGAAAUAUCGCCCAUGUCGUUGGCGUCCCUGCGCCUAGGCAACCCGCAGGACGAAUCGUCACGUGACUCGGUGGUCGGCGCUUCGGGCCUGUUCUACAGGGACAAUCCCAGCGUGCGUUGGUUGCACGAUGGACAGGAAGUCACAUCGUUUGAGGAGAGUAACAACAAUGCCAUUAUAAAAUCCGCCUACACAGACAACAAAAUAAGACUGAUAAGUACACUUUCCUUUCCUUUUGUUACUUGGAAGGACAGUGGACAAUACACGUGCAUGCAGCCUUCCACAAAGGAAGACAGAGUGCAACUCACAAUCAUUGAAGGUGAACAUUCCGAAGCCAUGCAAAGAGACUUCCCCAUAUCAUCAGGGGUACCAACAAAACCAACAACAAUUCCUCUACUAAUAAACAUCCAUCUAGCAUAUAAUUUGUAUCAUAUUUUACUGUACCUUAAUAA